CCCAUCCAUCUCUCCCCUAAAUUCCGACCUAGUACGACCAUGUCCCUUCUCAACACCUCUACCGCCGCCUUGAAGCGCGGACUUGCGCCGCGUACGUAUAACCGCGGCCUGAAGGUUCUUGCAGUUCUCUACAAGGGAGGUGAAGCAGCGAAGCAGGAGCCCCGUCUGCUGGGAACAAUCGAGAACCAGCUUGGUAUCCGCAGCUGGCUAGAGUCGCAGGGACAUGAGUUUAUCGUCACCGACGACAAGGAGGGCCCGAACAGCGUCUUCCAGCAGCACCUCAAAGAUGCUGAGAUCCUCAUCACAACGCCCUUCCACCCAGGGUACCUUACCCGUGAUCUCGUCGAGAAGGCCAAGAACCUCAAGCUCUGCGUCACCGCCGGCGUCGGCUCCGACCACAUCGACCUGAACGCCGCCGUCGAGAAGAAGAUCCAGGUGCUCGAGGUCACGGGCUCGAACGUCGUCUCCGUCGCGGAGCACGUCGUCAUGGACAUCCUCCUCCUCGUCCGCAACUUCGUCCCCGCGCACGAGCAGAUCACGCGCGGCGACUGGCAGGUGUCCGACGUCGCGCGCAACGCGUACGACCUCGAGGGCAAGGUCGUCGGCACGAUCGGCGCGGGCCGCAUCGGGUACCGCGUGCUGGAGCGCCUCGUGCCGUUCAACACCAAGGAGCUGCUGUACUACGACUACAACCCGCUCCCUGCCGAGGCUGAAGCGAAGGUCGGCGCGCGCCGUGUCGAGGACCUGAAGGAGUUCGUCUCGCAGUGCGACGUCGUGACGGUGAACGCGCCCCUGCACGAAGGCACGCGCAACCUGAUCAACGCCGACCUCCUGCAGCACUUCAAGAAGGGCGCCUGGCUCGUCAACACCGCGCGCGGCGCGAUCUGCAACGCCGAGGACGUCGCCGCGGCGGUCAAGUCCGGCCAGCUCAACGGCUACGCGGGCGACGUGUGGAACGUGCAGCCCGCGCCGAAGGAGCACCCGUGGCGGUACAUGCAGAACCCGCUCGGCGGGGGCAACGGCAUGACGCCGCACUACUCGGGCACGACGCUCGACGCGCAGGCGCGGUACGCGGCGGGGACGAGGCAGAUCAUCGAGAACUACCUGCAGGGGAAGCCGCAGGAGCCGGCGAACGUCAUUGUGGGCGUCGGCAAGUACGAGACCAAGGCGUACGGUCAGCGGUAGAGACUGUGAGGCAUUGCUCGUCUUCUGGACGUGGGUCUAGAUGCUGGGACGACUUUGUUGCGCUGCAUAUAUAUUCGUAUCACUCGUCAACUGUACAGUAUCCAUGACAUUGUCUGAUUUUGCCCUGUUCGAAGUUACUGUAUCACGGAUCAGGCGUGUUGCAGGGGCGAUCGAGAGAAACGAUACUGUCGUGCGCGAAGCCCGUGGUAGUGCAUAGUCAACAUUCCCUACUGAACCCUGCGAAUCAGAUGUUCGGUGAAGCUUGGACUCAAUCAUAUUUCACGCAUGAGGAUGGAGGCGAGCGGGCC